AUGGGCAACAACCACUCAUCGGCCUCCAAGGAGGCGACGUCGUCGUCGGGAGCCGCUGCCGCCGCCCCGCAGGGCCCCUCGGACAGCAACAAGGCCUCAACCUCCUCGACGACCACCACGUCGGCUUCCACGCCCACGUCGGCCACGACGUCGCCCACCCAGCCUCACCAUCACCAUCACCACUUCGGUAGCAUUCACCGCCAUCACCAGGACGUCGUCCCCGGCCGCAAGGACGCCCGCAACAUCAUCCCCGAGCACACCACCCACCGCUCCGUCGCGCCCCCGGAGGCGUCCCUCGCUCUGGCCCAGGGCUCGACCACCGUCGUUAACCGCCCCAAGAGCAGUCUGCCCGGCACCGCCGUCUCCUCCCUCAGCGGCUCCCCGCACAGCAACGUCUCCGCGACGCCCAACAAGCCCUCGUCUUCCUCGUCCGCCGCCGCCGUCUCCUCGGGCCAGUCUGCCGCCGACCGCCACCCGCCAGUCCGUGACGAGCCCUCCAAGCCCGUCGACGUCCCCCUCGAGUCGUCGUCGCUGCGGUCCGCCCACCACGACCCCCACCAUCCCUCCCGCGAGCCCCUCCCCGCCGACUCGAACCUCAUCUCCAACAGCAGCAUGACGGACAUGUAUCUGAGGGGCCCGCCGCGGCUGCCCCUCCCCAUUGACGAGGAGGUCCACACGCCCGGAUCGCCCAUCCUCGCUCCCGAAGAGGGUCUCGACGACGUCGAGCUGGGCGGCUCGUCGGACGCCCUGACGAGGAAGAGCUCUGCCCUGAGCGCCAACACGGUCGACGACGACGAGUCGGAGGAGCUGCGCGUCGACAAGACGCGGCCUGUCGUGCCGACCAAGCUCGAGUGGAAGCGCGGCGGCGACAAGGUCUAUGUGACGGGCACCAUUUUCCAGUGGAACCGCAAGCAGAGGCUGCAUCCAGUAGAGGGCAAGCCGGGAUGCUUCGCCGCUACCAUCCUCAUCCUGCCCGGGACGCACCAUGUGCGCUUCCUCGUCGACGGGAUCAUGCAGACGUCGCCGGACCUGCCGACGACGGUCGACUUUGGCAACAACCUCGUCAACUACAUCGAGGUCAGUCCUGAGGACGCGCUCCCGGCGCAGAGGAGCGCCUCCAAGGCGGGUAGCGAGACGGAGGGCGCGUCGCGGACCAGCUCGCAGGCCAAGGACCAGCCUAGGCCGCCCAAGGGCAGACCCGUCGAGCCCCCCGAGAACUACCGCCGCGACAUCCCGCAGUACCUGAUGGACUUUGACCAGCCCGAGGACUCGGGCUCGUACAGGAACGCCGUCUCGGCCAUCGAGAAGCUCCCGACGCCGCCCAGCCUGCCCGGGUUCCUGGGCAAGCCCAUCCUCAACGCGGCGACACUGAUGAAGGACGACAACAGCGUGCUCAACAUGCCCAACCACACGGUGCUCAACCACCUGGCCACGAGCAGCAUCAAGAAUAACGUCCUGGCCGUGUCCGCGACGACGAGAUAUCACAACAAGUAUGUCACGACAAUCAUGUACAAGCCGACAUCGGCGGACGAGGGUUGA